AUUUCCACUUUCCAAGCAAAGAGUAUGUAAACACUACGUUCUUUCCAAGUUUUUCCAUUUCCCAUCUAUAAAUCUAGUGAUCUGUGCCAUUCCCUGUUCGAGUACCCGGGUUCGGUUCCAGUUCCCAAAGACAAAACAAUUACCUAUAUAAAUUCAUAAUAACAGAAUAGUUUUUGUAAAUAGGAAUAUUUAUAACAAUCAUGUGCUAAAUGUACUAUAAACUAAAGUAUCAAUAAUAACAUGUAAAAAGACAAAAAAAAACUUCCCGUUUGUGAGGAGUUGAUUGAGAUUGAGACUUUCAUUCAUCAAAAUGGAUAAACUUACAGUGAUUUCUGGAACACUUUUCAUGGCUGCUGAUGUUUUUGCAAUAGUAAGUCUGGCAAUGCCAGAUUGGAUAAUCACAGAUGUUGGUGGUGAUACUCGUCUUGGAUUGAUGUGGUCUUGUAUGACACUGUACAACCGUCCCCAAGUUUGCUUCACUCCAGAUCUGCAACCUGAAUGGCUGUUGGCCUUAAUAUGUAUAUUCAUGGGAUGCAUUUGCAUAACGACAACAGUCAUUCUACUUGCCUCAAGUCAUUUUGACAGAAAUGUGAUACCUUAUGCACGCUGGGUUGGAUUUGCAGCAAUGGUUGUGUUCUGCCUUGCUGCUGUGAUAUUCCCUAUGGGAUUCCACGUAGAUGAGAUUGGAGGUCAACCGUAUCAACUGCCAAACAGCCACCAAGUUGGAAUUUCGUAUAUAUUAUUUGUUCUCUCUCUGUGGAUUACUGUGAUAUCAGAACUUUUUGCUGGAAAAGUUUGCCUACCACAUUUCUAAAAACCAUUCCAUAUUUUAUGUAAAACUGACUUUAAUUGUUAAGAAAAAAUGAAAGUACCUAUUUAUUUUUUUAUUUAUUUUUUGAGAUAAAUCAAACUGUAUAUACAAGUAUAUCUGUGAGUUUACACCAAAAAACAUUAAACAUGUGAAUCAAAGAUUAUCUGUUCAGCAAUCACUAUGUUUUAAUGUGUAUGUUUGACAGGUUAUUUUACAUAUGUGAUGAAUCCAUGGAGGUACUAUCCUAAUCCUAAAAAUAUUAUAAAUGUGAAAGUGUGGAUGUUUGUUACUCAAUUACGCAAAAAAUACUGGACGGAUUUGGCUGGAAUUUGGAAUGGAGAUAGAUUAUACCCUGGAUUAACACAUAGGCUACUUUAUAUCCUGGAAAAUCAGAGUUCCCGCGGUAUUUAGAAAAACGUAAGUCCACGCGGAUGAAGUCGCGGGCAUCAGCUAGAGUAUGAUAAUAAGAACAGUAAGAAUUAACUCCUUCUCAUCCUUUAGGAACUCUUCAAUUUUCCGGAAUAAAAAUUAGCCUAUGUCCUUCCCCGGGAUCUACCCCAACCCGUGAAAACGUAGCAGACAGACAGACACACUUUCGCAUUUAUUAGUAUGGACUAGUUGAUUCGCUCAGGUGAAAUUUGAUACAACUAUAGGUAUGUAUAUGCUAUAUACAAAAUAUAUAACAAGUUAUGGAUAAAUCAGUUUUCUAAUGGUGAAAAAAAUAUUAAAAUCGAUUCAGUAGUUUUAGAGUUCAAUUAGGUACAAACAAACAAAUCUUAAUAUAUUAGUAGGUAUAGAUAAUAAUUUAUUAUACUGACCUAGGUGAUGGUUACUUAGUAUUAAUGAAUGCCAAUUUUUGUUAUCUUAAGAAUUGAACUUGUCAGAAUCUCAGGCUAAAUCAUAGACGUACAAUUUUCGUUGGGCUAAAUAAAUGUUAAAAAAAUAAA